UUUAAUGUAUGUCUAAUGUUGUUGGCUUUUAUUAUGGCGGAUCUUAUCCAACGUGGGUUCUAAAGUGAAGUUUUUAACCAGUUUAAGUAGUUUGACAGAAUGUCUAAAUUAACAGAGACUCAGUUUGACUCCAGUGAAGAUGAGCUGCCCGAGGAGAUCGCCUUCGAUCAAUCCAAAAGCGUUGCGUUGAAGAGUGUUAAAGAUGCGCUGGAGUCAGCUAAAAGAGAAAAAACUCUAUUGAAGGAGAAACGAAAGAAAAGACAGCAGCUUUUCCAGGAGCAAAAGAAAAAGAAGUGUCUUCCUGCAGAUGUCCUGCAGGAAUUUGAUGAAAUGCCUCAAAGACAGACCAAGGCAUCAGACAACAACAGCGAUGAUGAAGAGACCUUAAAUGAGGAAGAGACCAUCUCCAAAACUUUACAGGACAGCUACAGUGUAAUGAGGUUAAAGGAUAACUCCUCCGCCAUAUCACUGCAACAAAGGGCCACAGACUUCAUUCAGUCUCGCCUCUAUGGACCAGGAACCAGAAGAACAACCAGUGCCGAGCUUCUGUCUCUUAGCAGGAAGAAAGGCACCAAUCAAGGUGCAGCUGUAGAGUUUAUAAAUAAAAAAAUAAGUGCUGACUGUAAAGCUAAAGCUGAGAAGUCCAACAAAAGAUUUAGACACAAACAGAAACUGGUUCCUUCCUAAAUCCUACAACAGGAGCUGUUGGAUUAUGGUUCUAUUCUUAUAGACAUGUUCACAUAAGGGUUAUAUCCAAAAAACUGGGUCUUAUUUUGAAUGAAAACCUUUUUAAACUAAGGUUUAUGUCCGUACUAAAUUUAUGUUUGAGUAAUGUGAUGAUCUGAUGCUGUUCAGAUAAGCACGCCAGAUUCAUGUGAUGACUUUUUAGGUCAUUUAAAGAUACAAAAGUAAAUAAGGGUGUUAUUUUGGAACGCGUCAACACAUUGGACAUGUACUGUACACUUUAAUAAAUGUAAACUAAUGUAAGGACUGACAUUUGUAGUUAAUUUUCUUAGUUUGACUCUUUAAAGGGGAUAUUUCACAAGACUUUUUUAAGAUGUCAAAUAAAUCUUUGGUGUCCCCAGAGUACAUAUGUGAAGUUUAAGCUCAAAAUACCCCAUAGAUAAUUUAUUAUAGCAUGUUAAAAUUGUCACUUUGUAGGUGUGAGCAAAAAUGUCUUGUUUUUGUGUUUGUCCUUUUAAAUGCAAAUAAGUUUAUCUCUGCACUAAAUGGCGGUGCUGUGAUGGAUAGUG